AUGUCGCUGCAGUGCGAAUGGUGGCACCGAAACGAGGGCAUGACAUGUGAUGUGGAGUUGAGAUUUAUUGUGGAUAUUUUCAAACCCGUUUCUCACCACCCUAACUACGGUUGUGCAAGGCAGUCUUCAGGGGCUUUUGUCCCUCCUUCAAACACAGAUGCUGACAGUUGCUUCCGGGAUGCCAUCACCUCUUGUGCAGCUUCAGGGUCUUUCCCUUCUCCUGCCACCAUGGAUGUGAACAAGUUAUAUCGGGGAUGCCGUCUGCGCUGUGAUUUGUGUGAUUACAAGACAGACUAUCCUUCUUAUCUGAAACGACACAUUAUGAUUCAUACAGGCGAACGUCCGUUUAAAUGCCACCUGUGUCCUCAAGCCUUCUCCCGAAAAGGCCACUUUGACGUUCACCUGCGCUACCACACAGGAGAGCGACCGUAUGAAUGUCGUCUGUGUUUUAAAAGCUUCCCACAGAAGUCCAGAUUGACCAACCACCAGCUUACCCACACGGGCGAGCGACCACAUAAAUGUCACCUGUGCCACCAGAGCUUCGCUAGAAAAAAGUCACUGAAAGUGCAUUUGGGCAUCCACACUGCUGAACGACCGUAUCAAUGCACUUUAUGCUCCCGGGUGUUUAAGCUGCAAGCAUAUCUCAAAAAACACAUGCUAGUGCAUUCACGCGAGUGAUUAUUCCAGCACAAUUUCUUCCGUAUGAUCCGUUUUGGUAAUGGCACAUUUUUCAGGUGAUUGCAGAGCACCAUGGUGUUGCUGAAAUAUGUAUAACAACAUUAGACUUUAUUGUUCCUUGACCAUUCAUGUAGGGAAUGUAGCAAGAAUGUUUCAGUAUUUAUUAUUGCUUCACUAGGUCAUUCUUCACUAACGGUUCAAAUGUUUUGUAUGUAAUGAAAUAUGCCCUGAUCAAUGCCACUGUACAAUCUUGCCGUGCACUUGGCUACGUGUUCCCGUGGUGUUCUCGUACUGAGCACGACAUACCUGGGUUUAUGCUUACGUUAGGAAAACCCUAGGUGGCUCAUAAUAAAUGACAUUUUCCUUCAGAAAAAUGAUGCACAGCUGUAGGGCUCUGUUGCCAUGUAAAACUGUAAAAUUAAAAUUCCUUUUAUUUCGAAUGAAAAGUGCCUGAAAAGCAAUAUAUUGAGUAACCUGCUCUUUUUUUUUUCCUGUCCAUUGGAAGUGUCUUCAUGCAUAUCAUGCUGCUUACAUAUUAGAGUAUUAAACUCAUAAGUGGACGAACUAACACUUUCAAUUUAUCAGCACUUUCCAAAGCCAUUGUUUUAUGGAAUGAUCUUCCCAACGAAAAUGUCUAUUAGUAAUCAUCAAGCAUUUCUUGAUCGGUUGCAUAAACAUUUUUAAAAAUAGCAUCAUGUCGUCACCAUUUAUUUAUUUCUUUGGCAAAGUCUUCCUGUUUUUUUUUUUUGCUAGCUUGUGCCAAGUGUGUGAUUUUUUCAUGAAAUAAGAAAUGCUAUUGCUGUGUACUUCGUGCUUUGCGAUGUAUAUAUAUUAUAUGUACGUACACGUUUUGGUUUCUUCUUCAGUCUUUCUGUGUUUUUUGCAGUGUAUAAUUUUUUUUUCUCUAAUUCACUGUACACUUUUUCUCUAUUUCUUUCCAUGUCUUUACUGGUGCAUUUUUUCUAUUUACUUUGUACUUGCCCUCUUACUCAAUGCGAUAAUUGUGCUUUGUAAGGUAUGCUGAAUAAAUACCUUCAGUGUCUUUCAUUCAUCUGGCAACCAUGCAAGUGGACUGAGGUUCUUAGAUGAAAGAAGUUUUCAUCUAGGGACCUUAGUGUGGACAAGUCAUAUUGGGGAUGGCGUCUGAUAUGUGUGACUACGAGACUUAUAAGCCGUAUAACCUGAUACGUCAGAUGAGGGUUCACACAGCCGAGUGACCAUGCCACCUGUGUCCCCAAGGCUUCUCGAAAAAAAAAAAACACAUUGAUGGAUCGAUCACCUGCGCACCCACACAGAUGGGCGACAGUAUGCAUGUCACCUGUGCCCCGCAAGCUUUUCACCUAAGUCCACUUUGAAGAAUCACCUGUGCACCCGCACUAGAGAACGACCGUUUAGAUGUCACCUGUACCCGUCAAGCUUCUCAAAAAGGGCCACCCUGAGGUAUCACGUUCGCAAACGCCCAGGCGAUCGACUGUAUAAGUGGGCUUUAUGUCCCCAGGCAUUUGCACUAUCGUGGAAUUUUCAAAGCACACAAGCUUGGCUUGACGGUCCCUACAUGGGAUUAG